GUUUCACAUUAGUUAAUCUAAAUCGAAUUGGGCACAAAUCUGAUCGAUUUAUAUUAGCUUCACAAGCGAAACAAGUAUUUUAUGUGAAUGAUCCUUCAGACAACCAAUGGUCAAUUGUUCUUCCAACGCAAACAAGAGAAUGGAACAUUAAAGAUGGUGAUUUACAUGAUAUACCUCUCGGAGAAGAACUUGUCACAUUCACCGCAAUAGAAGAUAAUGACGAAGUUGAUGAUGAUUGUAUUUGUUUCCGUGAAAAUGGUGAAGGAUUGUGGGUUGAUGAUAAUGGGUCUUGAGAUGGAGGCUGAUCCUUUUGGUGGUAGUUCUGAUGAGGGAGAGCAACGCCCUAAUUCUCAGUCAGUGGAGCAAGAAAAUAAAUCUGUGAGAGGACGUACAUGGAUGUCUAGAAACACCAAAAAAAGGAGUGAAGGACAUCUUACUCCUGUUGAAUACAAUGAGUAUGGUCAACUAGUGGGUGGAUCUAGAAGUAAUGUUUCAUCACAGCUUGGAUCAGUUGUUCGAGCAACUGUGUCCAUCAACAUUAACAGUUGGAAAGAUGUUAGUGUGGUGGAUAAAAAUAAAAUAUGGGACACAAUGAAGAAAACUUAUGAUUUGGACCCCAAACAAAAGCAACAGAUGUUGAAGGAUGCGGGAAAGUACUUCUGAAAUUGGAAGACUAAUCUCACUAGGGUACACGUUUACGACGCUUUGAAAAAAUACCCAAAUGAGUUCCCGCCAGCUUUGCCAUUUGGAUUUGAGAAUGUCAUAACUCCGGAUGAAUGGUUAACGUUUGUGAACUCAAGAUUAACUCCCGAGUGGCAAAGAAAGAGAGAGGAGAUGCAAAAUUAUCGAGCACUAAAUAAAUACAAUCACAACCUCUCUAGAGGAGGCUAUGUGCGUAUUGAAGAGAUGUUAAUGGAACAAAGUGGGAAAAGUCUGACUGAACUUGAUAGGGCAGACUUAUGGAGCAUGGGUCGUCGGAAUGCAAAAGGAGAGCUAAUUGGAGAGGCCUCUGAGAUUCAAAAAAAUAUUGUAAGUGCUCAUAUUUAAUAAUGUUGAUAUGUCAAAUUAUUAGCUUAUAUAUAUAACUUUCUAUGAAUAUUGUUUCACAAGAUCAUUACCGGCAACUCCAAGCUGAGGGUAAAUGGGCACCUGAUGGCCCUGAUGAUGUGCUGACGAGGGCGUUGGGCACUCCUGAGCCUCGAGGACGUGUUAGGGCUGGAGGACACGGUGUGUCCCGCUCAGUAUAUUGGAAUACUCCAACACCUACCUCAACGAAAAAUAAAUCAAAAGCCUCUUCUUCGAAUGACGACAUUAGAAAGGAAUUUGAAGAAAGAUUUCGAAAACAAGAAGAAGAGCAUCGUCAACAAGCACAACGCCUAGAAGAGCGCCUUCAACAACAAGAUGAGCUCUUGAGAAAAUUAUUGGCCCAACAGAGCGGGUCAGGAUCUAACGUUGGAGUCCCACCAGCGCCAUCAUCAUACUAUGUGCCCGACCCACCAGUGCCACCAGCGCAGGCGUCCUACUAUACUCCAGACCCAGUAGUGCCUCAAGCAGAACACCACAUUGUUGCACUACAACCGCUUUUGCAAGAGGGCCGAGCAUGCCAAUUAGCAAUUGGUUCGGUUUCAAACAUUGUUGCAUCAGGUACACUCAUUGAAAGAGAGGCAGGC